CUUUCUAAUCUCCUUAUGGCCUCUCAGCAAUGGUGUAUAUAAGGAUUUGUGGAUUUGACCCUCCAUGAUCAGGUCCACCUUCUGGAAUGUGCCUGGCUAGAGAUUCUCAUGAUUGGUCUUGUCUGGCGCUCCAUGGAGCACCCAGGGAAGCUCCUGUUUGCUCCUAACUUGCUCCUGGACAGGAACCAGGGAAAAUGUGUUGAGGGCAUGGUGGAGAUCUUUGACAUGUUGCUGGCUACAUCGUCUCGGUUCCGUAUGAUGAAUCUCCAGGGAGAGGAGUUUGUGUGCCUCAAAUCCAUCAUUUUGCUUAAUUCUGGAGUGUACACAUUUCUGUCCAGCACCCUGAAGUCUCUGGAAGAGAAGGACCAUAUCCACCGUGUCCUGGACAAGAUCACAGACACCUUGAUCCAUCUGAUGGCCAAAGCGGGCCUGACUCUGCAGCAACAGCACCGGCGUCUGGCCCAGCUCCUCCUCAUCCUCUCUCACAUCAGGCACAUGAGUAACAAAGGCAUGGAGCAUCUGUACAGCAUGAAGUGCAAGAAUGUGGUGCCUCUCUAUGACCUGCUGCUGGAGAUGCUGGACGCCCACCGCCUGCACGCCCCAGCCAAUUUCGGGAGCGCACCCACAGAGGACGUGAACCAGAGCCAGCUGGCCACCGCCGGCUCAACUUCAUCACAUUCCUUGCAAACGUAUUACAUCACGGGGGAGGCAGAGAAUUUCCCCACCACAAUCUGAGAGCUCCGCGGCUCCCCCAGGGCUCUGAGAAUCCCUGUCGCACUUUAUCCACAUCGUGCAUCACUCUAGCCGACUUCUGCCCCUGCACACACUCUGGCAUGCACCCAGCGCUGGCUUUCUAAUAUGGGUGGCCAUUCAUUUGCUUGCUCGGUUCUAAGUGGCACACCUUCUUUUGGGAACAGCCAAAGGGAUUAUUCCAGGGCUACUUUCUUUGUUAACAGCUCGCUCUCUCUCCCUUUGCUACCUUACUCAGCAUGAGGAUUCCCUUAGCGUUUCAUGGCUGAGCUCCGCCUACGAGCUGGGCUCAGAUGACCGUGCACUUUAGCUACUUGUGACCCAAGGCCUGGAGAGUGGACAUUUCACCUCCGUGAAUGUGAAGCACUUUUUAAUGGAUCUUAUUUAAGCGUAAGCCACAGGAAAGAAUUGAAAGUGGCUCCUUUAAUUGCUGACUUGGAGAAAGCUAGGUCCAGGGUUCAUUAUAACAUCCUCUUGUAUUCCUAUAGUAACAUAUCAUUUUAGUAAAGUCAGACCUUAAAGCUUCUGCUCUGUUGCAUGGCUGUAGCAGAAUAUCUGGUGACUGUGCACCCACUUCCCCUAUAGGAAUACAAGAUUCACACAGGGAAGGAAGAACCCCUAACUGUCAACACUUUGUCAACUAAAUACACUGCACCUUCAGAUUGGCUGAAUGCUUUACCAUUAGCUUUUGAGAACACUAGGUAUAGGUCAUGGGUUCCAAUUAAUUCUUGCUUCCCAUGGACCCAUGGAAAACAGCAAGUUGAUCCCAGUUAAGUCACCUCCACAUACACCAGUUCCUUUGUGAGAGAUAAAUUCUUGUUUUUUGGGUUUUUUUCCAUUUUAUAAAAGAAAGCCCUCUCCCCCCAGGACUUGCAGUAAAUGGGCUUCAGGACCUGUUCUGGUGUGAUCUCACUCUUAUCAGCAGAGGGCGCUCUGCUUGGCUCUUCCUGGUGUGUAACUUACAAGGUGAAUUAGGGGUAGUGCCCAGGCUAUGACCAAGGGCAGUUUAAAUGAGCAGGCACCCUGGUGACACUUUUAGCCCUGGAGCAGUGGGCUUAAUAGUACAUGGGCAUGAUUCUUGCAGGUACUAGAGACCAAAGAGGAAAGCAGGGCAGAAACUGGAUAAAACUGUGAGGCUCGGGGUGGCCCUGCCGCAGGCUGCAGCCACUUAGGAGUGCUACUGGCAGACCCCAUACUGCACUGCGGGGCUGCCCUGGGGUCCAUGGGGCAGUCCUUCUCUUCCUCAUUUCCCCGCAUGGCCCAGGUUGGAGGCACACUCUGGGCGGGGGAACAGGGCCAGGACUGGAGCGCUCCGUACUCAGGCUGCCUGGGGCCUGGUCAGACCACACCUGCCCUUGGUUGUUUAGAGCUCAUCCAACAAUCAGGGUUUGGCCUUGAGGGAAAAACAAACAAACAAACUUCCCUAGAGUCUAUUUCAUUAACCUUCAUAAGCCCAGAGGGCAAGACCAGAAUUGGGCCAUAGGAAUCCUUAAACCUAUAGGCUAAACAAGAGAGGCCUACUCCAGCCACAGGGCAGAUUUCCCUGGGUCUUUGCUUCUCUAAAGCAAUUAUGGAUUUUUCCCCUUUUCAGCUAAAAAGAAAGUUUGGUUUCCUCUGGUGACCGCAUCGUCUGUUAACUCAAACCCCAGUGAUAGGCAAUGCGUCAGCCAACAACCCAGCCAAACUUCUAGGGCUUCUCUUGGGAUGCCUGUUUCAAAAGUGGAUUUCAUCCAUUUCCAAUGACCCAAUCAGUGAUCACCAAAGGACUGGGAACCUGGGAGGGCCAAGAAAAAAAAACAGUUGUUUUCACAAGUGCAUCUAAAUUGGGGGGCAAUUUUAUGUAUCAGUAUCUGCAGUAAGAAUGUUUAGAACAUAAUUCUUCUGUUGUUUUUGUUUAAGAAGCACCUUAUAUAGUAUAAUAUAUAUUUUUUUGAAAUUGCAAUGCUUGUUUGUCAGACAACUGAAUGUAGUAAUUCUGUUCUGGAUUUAAUUUGACUGGGUUAACAUUCAAAACCAAGGAAAAAUGUUUACUUUUUUUGUAUUACUACCUUGUGAUGUAGUCAUUGAUGCCUAAGGCCUGGUGAUUAUUCAUUUAAAUGAAGAUCACAUUUCAUAUCAACUUUUAUAUCCACAGUAGACAAAAUAGCACUAAUCCAGAUGCCUAUUGUUGGAUCCUGAAUGAUAGACAAUCAUAUGUAGCAGAGAUUAUGCCUGAAAAGGAAAAUUAUUCAGGGCAGCUAAUUUUGCUUUACCAAAAUAUAAGUAGUAAUAUUUUUGGACAGUAGUGAAUGGGUCAGUGGGUUCUUUUUAAUGUUUAUACUUAGAUUUUCUUUUAAAAAAAAUAAAAACAACAAAAAAAAUUCUAGGACUAUAGGUGAUGUAAUACCAGCUAAAUCCAAACAAUAAUCCAGUGAAGGGUUUUACAUUAUUCAUCUGAGAUGUUUGUAUUAAUGUUAAGCUACUACUACGUUUGAAAUGGGGCAGAGAACACCAGAUGGUUGGUAUGUUAGCCCGGGAGUUUCAAGUAAUUUUUAAAGUCUCUUCUUAUUUCAAGUGCCACUAAUGGACAGCUGGUACUUUGCCGCUGACAUUACUCUUGGG